AUGUCGUCAACCCAAAAAGAAGAGGUAUAUUUUGUUUUUCUUAUGAUCAAACCUGAUUUUAUAGGAUAAGGGGACUCUGACUAUAUGUACUAAUACCUAUUGUUGAUUGUUCUUUGGCAGCACGGAGUAAAGUCUUCUCCAUGGAGCACCAGUGACCUUGCCAUGGGUGUGCCAAUCAAGAAAAGACGAUUCCUUUUUACUCGGUCACCAUCACCUCCGUCUCAGUCAACAGCUUUCCCUGCAGACGAUGGAAAACGGCAAUCAAGUGAAAUAACAUUCCCAAUACAAGAGUCAUGUUUUUCUCAGGUUUCUGGUCAGCACCACGAUAUGGGUGGAAGUGAUUUAAGGGAUUCAUCUUUGGCUCUUAUGGCCGAACAUUCCACUGAAAGAGAAAAUCUAGCCAAGGAUUGUGGAAGUUCCCACAGUUUUAGUGGUCUGAAGUUCACUUUAGGUACUAACACUAUUAACGAAAUCCUGAAGGGAGAAAAUGUUAUUUCUGAAAAUAUGUCUGCACUGAGACCUAUUCUGGGGCCUAUUUCAGAAAAAAAUGAAGUUGGAUUAAAACUAGGAGGUGGAAGUUCUGGAAGCAAGCUCAGUUCGAAUGAUAAAUCUGCACUUCAGAGUGUCUUAGCAAAUGGCGGCUUUCCUUUCCCAUUGAAUUUGCAGAAUGAGCCUCCUUUGGGGGAGUCAAUCGCAUCGUCAAUUCAACAAGAAUCUGGUCACUGUGAGUUAGAACUUGCACUGCCUGAGAGACAAUUUAACACUCCAAGCGAACAAGGCAGUAAGUUUGGGGCUAGCCUUGUUAGACAGCACUCGAGUAGAUCACACUGGAAUUUGAAUACUACGAUGGACACAUGGGAGGGAUCAACUGUUGAUACAACUUUGAACCGUGGCCCAGUUGCUAAUGAAGAUCCAGACUUGGGAAAUGGAAAUCUCAACGUAUCGGAGAUGGACUCUGUUGAGAAGACUUGUCAAGAAUCUGACAGUGCCCUUGCAAUUUCAUGGAAUUGUGGGGUUUCCGGAGGUGCCUCCAGCUCCAAGCUUUCUAACACAUUAAACCUUCCUGGUGAAACCUGUGCUGUCAAUACCGAUCUAAAUCUGCACCUCAACCCAGCUUCUGGAUCUACCUCAUACUCCAAAGUCGGUGUGAGCUUCUCCCCUGCUAUCCUAGCCGCGCGUAAAGCAGAUGAUUUGAGUUUAUCAACCGAUUUCACGUCAUUAACUCAUGGCUCAAACUUGGCUGCUUGUGGUGCUGGCAGUGCCGGCAAAACUGAGCCAGUUGAUGGGGACGGUGACAAGAACUCCGAGUUUAUGAAAGCAGACAACUUAGAAUCAGCGAGUGUGAGAGAUAUAAAGUUGGAAGUGUCUGAGGCGGUUGAGCAAGAGAGUGCCAAGACAGCCAGUCUAAGUGCCUCGGGAACAGUAUGUGGGGUUGCCAUUAAAUUAGAACAGCUUGAGGUUCCUACCCCUGACGGUUUGAGUUUGCCACAAGGGAGUUCACACAGUCUUGAUAGCCCGAGAACAUUGAAUAAAGAGGUGCUGCCUCCUGUUGCAAACGGUGGUGGUGUUGUAGGUUGUAAGAGUAUGCACCAAAGUCCAUUGCUUCCCAACGUUGAUGCAGCAACAGUGCCUGCUGCAAAAGCCUCAGUUCCUGAUGAUACUGAACUAACGGUGGUGGUUGAGCAAGAGAGUGCCAAGGCAGAAAGUCUAAGCGCCUCGGGGGCAGUAUGUGGGGUUGGCAUUAAAUUAGAACAGCUCGAGGUUCCUACCCCUGACGGUUUGAGUUUGCCACAAGGGAGUUCACACAGUUUGGGUAGCCUGGGAACAUUGAAUAAAGAGGUGAUGCCUCCUGUUGCAAACGAUGGUGGUGUUGUAGGUUGUAAGAGUAUGCACCAAAGUCCAUUGCCUCCCAACGUUGAUGCAGCGACAGUGUCUGCUACAAAAGCCUCAGUUCCUGAUGAUACUGAGCUAAUGGUGGUGGUUGAGCAAGAAAGUGCCAGGGCAGAAAGUCUAAGCGCCUCGGGAGCAGUAUGUGCGGUUGGCAUUAAAUUAGAACAGCUCGAGGUUCCUACCCCUGACGGUUUGAGUUUGCCACAAGGGAGUUUACACAGUUUGGAUAGCCUGGGAACAUUGAAUAAAGAGGUGAUGCCUCCUGUUGCAAACGAUGGUGGUGUUGUAGAUUGUAAGAAUGUGCACGAAAGUCCAGUGCCUCCCAAUUUUGAUGCUUCCCAAGUCAUGAGAGAAACUUUUACCGAUUCAGAAACAGUGUCUGCUGCAAAAGCCUUAGUUCCUGAUGAUACUGAGAUAGAUGCAGGCCAAGAUAUGCCUUUCAACGCUGACCCACCUCAUCAUCCAGGUCCGAGCAUCAGUAGAUCCCCAGACAACACUUCAAGACAUGUUGUUUCUGACGCCAAUGAGUCCCAAAGUAUCGAUUUUCCAUCUAUCCGUGCUUUACAGGAGGAUGUAAAAGGGAAUGCCAAUAAAAUUUCAGAAUUGUCCUCUGAGCCCACCCCCACAGAAGAAAAUGAGAUUGGCCCACUCAAGGGAGCUGAGGUGGUGGACGACUCCAAGGACGAGGAGGAAGAAGUUUCCAAUGCUAUGGCAGAGAUCUGUGAACAGGUGUCACAUUCGGAUGAUUGCACCGGUCCAUCAGGAUGUAUUUCAGUGGAUGUGACUACGUGGGAUAAGUCCACUAAAAAUGGACUAAUAAAUGCGGAGUCAAAGCCAGAGGUGAAGAAAUUUGAAAUGAGUGAGAUUAGAAAUGAGCCAUUAGAUUCUCAUGAUGCAGUUUUGGUCAAGGAGGCAGUGUCCAAGUUGCAUACUGAUAACGACGACUAUGAGGAUGGUGAGUUCAGAGAAUCACUGUUGCGUGGUGCAACCAGGGUUUCAUAUACCAUCAACGAAAAGAGAACCGUCGACUUCAAGCCAUCCAUCUUGGUUGGGAAUGAGAGCACUCCAGAAAAGCCCGAAGAGUUAAAGGAUGUUCAUUGUACCACAGAGUCUGGCCCUCAUCCUUUCCCUGUGAAUAAUGCUACAGAUUCCAACGUGUCGGAGGAUGUGAAAGAAUCAUCAGCGGGCCAUGUGAUGGCGGCAGAGCCCAAGAAAAGGAAAGCAAUGAAGAUUACUCGUAGAAUGCCACAGGGCUUGGGUAAAAAGGACCCUGAAACAAAUCUGGCACUCAAAAAGAUCAACAACAUGAGCUGUAUGAAAGGUCCCGGUGAUAUCAUCGAAGACUUAGGCGCCCAACUGGUUAAAGAAUCUGUGGAUCAGUCAAGUCAACUGAAGGCAGGUGUACCGCAAAAUGACGGCGCAGAUAAGCAUGCGAGCAGUAGAAAUAUUUGGGACCGCAUGGUACGUUUAUGUUCAUCGCCCGCUACAUCAUCUGGGGGGACGCAGGCUCCCUACGGUAGGUCGUCACCAUGGCUCAAAAGGGAGAGGAUCGAGAAUAAACCACUUAGGCGAGAGGAAGUGCACUCGAAGAGUUCUAGGUGAAAUUCUGCUUUCAUUAUCCAUCUUUUAAUAUUCCCGGCUGAUUUAUCUCAUUCGGGAUUUCUCAGGGCUGAUUUACUACUGCUUCUUCUUAUGUGAUUGCUCACGUUCGUUUUUUUUUUUCCGAAUCCAACCUCAGAGACGAGGAGUGCCUCAGUCGAAUGCCCAGAUUCGGAAAGGACAGAGACCUAGAUCAGGCAAUGCAGAAGGCACGAUCAGACGGCCUGCGGAUGCGCGGGAGGAUCAGUCAUCCGUUGGGCUCUCCUCGUGGCGGUUGGGAUACCGACCGGGGCUGCCCCUCGGAACACUUCAGUAUGCCUACCAGUUGCCUAAUCUCCGGCCACAAGCGUGCAGUUGAACCUGGUUUUGCCAUCUCCACAGAUGACAUCUAUGACAGCCCUGGUAGGAUAGGGAGAAGGCAUAUGGAUGAUGAUGAGGAUGAUGAUGAUGACGACGAAUUGAAGAAUCUGUGCCGCCACCUGCCAGGAAGAAGACCCUGCCCUGGCAGGAGAGGCCCCCUGCCGGCUGGCCUCCGUGUGGUUCACAGGACGAUGAGGGACCUCGGCCCCGAUAGGCGCAGUGGAGGAGCAGCAGGAGGAGUAAGUAUUCUUCGAGAAGACAAUUUAUCGAGGUGUUUUGCAGAUGGCAUGGUGGAUUCUUCUUCUCUGAUACGAAGGGAGAGAAGGAGCCUCUCUCCCCAGGUUUCGAGGGGCUUCUCUCACCAUCCAUGGCGUCCUCCUCGAAGAUCUCCAGAGGUGUUUGACACCCGCCCCAGUCUGAUGCACCACAGGUCCCCCGAUGAUAUGCCGAGCAGAAGGCACAUCUCUCCUCACUUUUCCGGGCUUCAUGUGCCGAUGGUGGAUAUGCCGAGGUUUGACUUUGAAUUGGGCAGCAACCGGAGGAUGAACCCAGACUACGCCGGCAAUUUCCACCAGCCACUGGGAGAUGAAUUGUGCCCAGAGGAGAGGAGAAGCUCCGACGAUCAGCCCUUCGGCAGGCGGCAGCAAUUCACUGGGGGGGACGAUGGCGCCGGGCACAGCCGAUCAUUCAUUCCAGGGGCCAUCAGGUUGCACCAUGAAUCAGGUGAAGAAUUCACCAGGAGAGCUGCCCCCAUGAGGGGUGGCGGCGAUCUGAGAAACAGACUAAGGAACGUCCGGAGACUGGCUGGCGUGGAGGAGCAGGAAGGUGAUUAUGACCGUGGCAGUGGCCAAGGGUGGCACAGCGGCAGGCUCGGGGAUGCCCGGCUGAAGAGGCGGAGGUUUUAA